AUGAAGGAGACGGACGACGUCACGCAGGCUCCCACAAGCUCGCCAAACGAGAAGAGGUACUUCUUGCUCAUGGAAAUGUUUGACUUCUCACUGCGGCAGGUGGUGAAUCAGCGCUAUCUCUCGGAGGCGGAGAGCGCCUUCGUGACCCAAAGCGUGCUGCAGGCCCUGAGCUUCUUGCAUGCCAAGAGCAUCAUGCACGGGGACGUGAAGCCUGGGAAUGUCCUCAUAGGCGACUGCGGGCGAAGGGUGGUCUUGGCCGACCUGGGCAUUGCCCAGAUGCUGAAGCCGGGGAUGAAAACCACCAGCUGGGUGCAGGGAACCUUGGGCUACACCGCGCCAGAGUGCUUGGCAAAGGCCCGCUGCGGCCUCGCAUCGGACGACAUGUUCUCGCUGGGAGCGGUGCUGUAUUUGCUUCUCUUCCAGCAGGAGGCCUUCCUGCGCUCGACGGUGAAGGCCACGAACUUUGCGACGCUGCGGGGGGAUCUGCCGGUGAAGCCCUGGGGGGCUGCAGUGGGGCUAUCCCAGGAGAGCUGCCACCUCCUCCGGUGCCUGCUGGGUAUUGUGACUUCCCGGCCCUCGGCCGAUGAGGCCUUAAAGUUCGAGUGGUUCCUGCAGGCCGCUGAUUCUCUGUUUUGCUGCUCCCCUCUCGACGAUGCUGGCGGACGCGGCUCUUGCUGCGAGAUCCGCGCCUCCUUCGGCCCGGCCUCGCUGAAGGAGGCCCAUCCUUGCUGGGCCGUUCGUGCUGCCACCCCCGGCGAUGUACCGUCGCGGGCUUCGCCCGUGCUGGAGGCGCCACGGCGUUGGGCAGCAGCGGCGAGACGCCUGAUCUCGUCAAUGAGGCGCAAGCGCCACAAGGUGGCAGAUCAGAACUUCAGCGCCAUCCAGCCAGGCGAGUAG